CUUGCAACUUCGCCAACUGUGGCCCCUCAAGCUUGCACACCCGCGAUUAGAGACACACCCGCCAGAAGCUCACCAAUCCAUCCCGUGGGCCUUUCUGCGACCGUGUUAAUACCAGAUUCAUACUUUAUCUAUCGGGCAACCUCUUCGAGCUUUACAGCUGCCGCAAUAGCACCUCACCACUCAUUCGGAUUCCCGCAUUUGGAGGAGUUCCAGUGGCAUACAUAACGGACCAUCAUGGCGGCCGUCACCGAAACACAGCAUGGCCGGGAGACUACAUCGGAGCUUCAGAACGCGACAGAACCUUCCGCCACCUCUGUCGCGAUAGACCCGGUUGCACUGGUCACCUCGGAAUGCAUCACUGUCACCUCCGCGAUGCGCAAGAAUGCGCGGUGGGCCCAGUCCUCGGUGGCUGCGAUCCUUGGAGGCGGCGGAGGCUCGGGUUACGGUGGCACCAGCGGCGGCAGCGAUUACACUCAUGUUCCUGGAAACAAUACCCCGGGACUGACACGUAAGGGGGCGGGCGGGAUUGCACAGGUAGACGGUGAUGCGGGGUUAGCUGGGAGGUGGGGCUUGCGCGGGAAGAAGGGAAAGAGCAUACAGGACAACCCUCUUAUGGCUGCGUUCGCUAAGCUAAGGGGUGAUUUGCAAGAGUGCAAAGACAUCACGACUUUCGACACCCCGAGCUUGCUACACCCAUUUCUUCAGGUCAUCAGAUCUUCGUCGACGAGCGGUCCCAUAACUUCCCUCGCGCUCAUCGCAAUCACCAAGUUCUUCUCGUACAAUCUGGUCAACCGAGCGUCUCCUCGGCUCCCGGUAGCCAUGCAGCUCCUGUCGUCGGCGAUCACACACUGCCGGUUUGAAGCGUCGGAUUCCGCCCAAGACGAGGUAGUGCUGCUACGGAUUUUGAAGCUGAUGGAGAUGAUGCUUUCCGGGCCCGGCGGCGAGCUGCUGGGCGACGAGAGCGUCUGCGAAAUGAUGGAGACUGGGUUGAGCAUGUGCUGUCAGAUGCGACUUUCAGAGGUACUACGGAGGUCCGCCGAGAUGACUAUGGUUUGUAUGUGCCAAGUGGUUUUUGAGAGGCUAAAACAUCUUGAGCUGGAAGCCAAUGCCGCGGGGGAGAAUUUGGAGGAAGAAUCUAAAGAUGAAAUGGAGAGCGUCAAAAUGGCGCCGUCGGCAGAGGGGGAACAUGUGGUUACGACUCCAGAAGUGGAACGAACGUCAGACGACAAGGCGGUAGCAGACGGAAUGACUAUAGCACCGGCAGGCAGUAGUGGUGGUGCAGAGGGAGUCGCCGGGCAAGACGAGACGGAGGAGGCCCCAAUAAAGCCUUACUCAUUACCAUCUAUCCGGGAGCUUCUCAGAGUGUUGGUGGAGCUUUUGGACCCGGAUGAUAAGACACAUACGGACACCAUGCGAGUGAUGGCCAUGAGGAUAAUUGAUGUCGCAUUCGAGGUUGCUGGGCCUUCCAUUGCCAAACACCCCAGCCUUGCGGAUUUGGCUAGAGACAACCUUUGCCGGUAUCUUUUCCAGCUUGUACGUUCGGAUACCAUGACCAUAUUACAGGAGUCAUUGAGAGUCAUUCAAACAUUACUGGCGACAACACGGGGAGUUUUAAAACUGCAACAGGAGUUGUUCUUAGCUUAUCUGGUCGCCUGUCUCCACCCUCAGGUUGAGAUACCGAGAGAACCAGGCGUUAACCCUUUGCUAUACGAAGGCGUGCCGCAAGCACCGAAGGUGUCCAAGCCCCCUCCAACGCAGAACGGUAGCGGACGUUCGACUCCAGUGCCGGUGAAAGAGAGGCAGAAGCUUGGGCUUGAAGGCGGGUCGAGGAGGCCUGAUGCACGCGAAGCCAUGGUGGAGUGCGUGGGUGCAUUGUCACGGAUUCCGAGCUUCAUGGUGGAACUCUACGUCAAUUACGAUUGCGAUGUGGACCGUACAGACCUUUGUGAGGAUAUAAUCGGACUUCUAUCACGGAAUGCAUUCCCUGAUUCGGCAACCUGGAGUACUACCAAUGUACCGCCUCUCUGUCUGGACGCGCUGUUGGGAUACGUGAAUUUCAUCUAUGAACGAUUGAGCGACGCUCCGCGUACAGAAGGGUUCUCGGCACCCCAAAAGCUCCAGGAUCAGAGGCAGCUCAAAGCAGUGGUUGUUCAGGGCAUCAAGAAGUUCAACGAGGAUCCCAAGAAGGGUAUCAUCUUCCUUGCCCAACAAGGCAUCAUUGAGGGUGUUGAUCAUCCGGAGUCGAUCGCACGGUUCUUGAAAGGCACAUCUCGGGCGGACAAGAAACUCCUGGGAGAGUACAUCUCCAAGAAACAGAACACCGAGAUUCUACGCGCGUUUAUGAAAAUGUUUGACUUUAGUGGCAAGCGAGUAGACCAGGCGCUGAGGGAGAUGCUCGAGACCUUCCGGCUGCCAGGUGAAUCUCAGCUGAUUGAACGUAUUGUCCUGGAGUUUUCGGAAAAGUACUGCGAGACCGAAGCGAAUCUGAAGGAUGUCGCGGAUAAAGAUGCCGUUUUCAUUUUAUCGUAUGCUAUUAUUAUGUUGAAUACCGACCAGCACAAUCCUAAUAUGAAGAAUGGCUCUCGGAUGACGUUGGAACAAUUCGGCCGCAAUCUGAGAGGCGUAAACAACGGCAAAGAUUUCGCUCCCGAAUACCUUCAGCUCAUCUAUGAAACGAUCAAGCACCACGAGAUCAUCCUGCCCACCGAGCACGACAACAAGCAUGCCUUCGACUACGCCUGGAAGGAGUUGCUCCACAAUGCUGACUCGGCCGGUGAGCUAUCCAUCUGCAACACCAACAUCUACGAUGCACAGAUGUUCGCGGCCACUUGGAAACCGGUCGUUGCGACACUGAGCUAUGUCUUCAUGUCGGCCACCGAUGAUGCUGUCUUUGCAAGGGUGAUCACAGGUUUCGAUCAAUGCGCCAGGAUCGCGGCGAAGUACAAGAUUACCGAGGCGCUCGACCACAUCGUACGAUGCCUGAGUACGAUCAGUACACUGGGCACCGAGAACCCACCAAGCACCGCGCUGAACACGGAGAUCCAAGUCAAUGGCAACAGUGUCAUGGUCAGCGAGCUCGCCGUUAAGUUUGGCCGGGACUUCAAGGCACAGCUGGGUACCGUCGUCCUAUUCCGGGUGAUUACUGGGAAUGAAGGUGUCUUGCUCAACGGUUGGAAUCAUAUUGUCCGAACAUGGCUCAACUUGUUUGUGAAUUCUUUGAUCCCACCGUUCUUCUCGCCCUCCCAAAAUGGACUGGACAUUCCGCCCAUUCAGCUUCAGACACCUUCCGUGGUGAUAGAUAGAGACCAAUCGUCGAAAGACGUUGGUCUGUUCUCCACUCUUUCCUCGUAUCUGUCGAGUUAUGCCAGCGACGAGCCGCCAGAGCCUUCGGACGAGGAACUUGACAGUACAUUAUGCACCGUGGACUGCGUAAAUGCAUGCUUCCUAGGUGAUGUAUUUGCCAAUAUCAUGGAAUUGGACUCUGCAUCUCUUAAGCCACUCAUCGAUUCCCUCCUCCGGCAGAUUCCAGACCUAGAUGACGAGGACCCAGGGGUUGUCAUCGUUAAGCCCGAGCAUCCCUCCUCGCCAUUGCUGAACGGAAAUCCUAUGUGGAAAGGACCCAAGUAUGACCCAGCUUUGGUAUACGUUCUGGAGUUUACGACAUGCUUGGUUCUGCGAGAUGCCGAGACCACGCUCGCUCACGGCAAAGCACUCGCUGAAACGCUCACGGCCAUUGUCCGGAAUGCUGCAAGGCUGCAUCCACUCGUCGUUUCACGGUCGAUCUACUACAUGUUCUCUCUUCUUGAGCAUAGCCACGAACACUCUUUCCUCAGGGCACCCUUGGCUCUCCACUCCGUUGCUGCUCUAGACAGAACGCUUCUGGACAAAUCCGCCCUGCCUGUGGCCAAGAGUCUUUCCAAAUGCAUCAAACGCACGUCGGCCCUCCGAAGUGAAAUCAUCAACUCUCCCGAUCUAUGGGUGGUUCUGCACGGGCUGCUGCACAACCGCGAUGCCGUCGUCGACGUCUUCGAGAUCCUGGACGUCAUCAUAUCGGAACCGGUAACCAACGUGACUGCCGACAACUACGUUGCCGUAGUCUCGCUGCUGAACGACUUCGCAUCGGAAGCCAACAUCGGCGCCGCGUACGAGCAGCGGCAGGACAAAUCCGCGCGCAAGGGCAAGCUGCAGAAGAAAUCCACCGACUACCCCGGCGUCGAAAUCGUCGCGCGCGGAACAAAGGCGCUAGCAAUGAUCUACUCCCUGCACACGCGCGUGCCCGCCCUCAUCACGCAAUCGCACCUUGAAAAGAACGAGGCGUGGACCGCCUACUGGCUGCCCAUAUUCCAGAGCCUCAGCACGCAGUGCACCAACCCGUGCCGCGAGAUCCGACACCUAUCCCUCGGGCUGCUGCGGCAGAGUCUGCUCGGCCCCGAAGUAACCAGCGACUCCUCGCACGGCGAGUGGACCGCCAUCUUUGGCGACGUCCUGUUCCCGCUCAUCGGGAGACUCCUAAAGCCGGAGGUGUUCCAGGCAGAUCCCAGGGGAAUGAGCGAUACCAGGGUCCAGGCGGCUACGCUGCUCUGCAAGAUCUUCCUACAUUACCUCGUCCUGCUCAGCGAGUGGGAAGGAAUGCUGGGGCUGUGGCUGCGCAUCCUCGAUAUCAUGGAUAGGCUCAUGAACAGCGGCCAGGGCGACCAUUUGGAAGAAGCCGUCCCCGAAUCCCUCAAGAACAUCCUACUGGUCAUGGCGAGCGGCGGAUUCCUGGAGCCGGAGGCAGACGGCAAGUCGCAGCUGUGGGAGCAGACGUGGAAACGCCUGGAACGGUUCCUGCCCGAUCUUAAGGAGGAGCUGUUUCCGCCGCUGCCGGAGUCGGUGUUUGUGCCCGAGCCUGUGGUGGUGGAGGAGCCUGUGAAGGAGCCUGUGCAGAAGGAGGGGGAGCCGGUGGCGGAGACGACGGUGGAGGGUGAAAAGACAGAGGGGGAGAUGGAGGGUGAAAAGACCGAGGAGACGCUGGCGGCAGAUAUUGAUUGA